UCGACCGUUAAACCCCAAACAAAAACCCAUUUCCAAAAGGGUUUCUUUCUUUGAUCAAAUUCAUCAUCCAUACUUCUCAAACCCCAAUCCCCAAUCUUUGAACAACAAUGGAUUCGAAUCAAAGACGAAAGAGCGGGAUCAAUCUCCCCGCCGGAAUGUCCGAAACCUCUCUCCGUCUCAACACCCGCUCCGGUUCCCCAUCCCCAUUGAUCCGAACCCUCUCAUCUCCCUCUCCUCGAACAAUGUCGCCUCGAACCAUCUCCAACUUAUCCGCUUCCCCUUCCUCCAAAUCCACCGGCGCCUGCAGCGAUCGCUUCAUCCCCUGCAGAUCAUCUUCCAGGCUCCACACAUUCGGGUUACCCGAUAAGCCAUCACCUGUUAAAGAAGGCGUUGCUGGAGCUAACAACGAAGCGUAUACGAGGUUGUUAAGGUGUGAAUUGUUUGGUACUGAUUUCGGGUUUUCUUCUCCUGCAGGUGGGACUAAAGGGUCGUCCCCGGUGGGUAGUCCGAACAGGAAUAUGCUGCGGUUCAAGACGGAUAGCUCGGGUCAGAAUUCCCCUUAUUCAGGUUCAAUUUUGGGGCAGGAUAGUGGGUUGGGUUCUGAGUCUGUGACUCCUCCCAAGCCUCCUCGCAAGGUCCCCAAAGCACCUCAUAAGGUUUUGGAUGCACCAUCACUUCAAGAUGACUUCUACUUGAACCUUGUGGACUGGUCAUCACAGAAUGUACUUGCAGUUGGAUUGGGCAGCUGUGUUUAUUUAUGGACUGCAACAACCAGCAAAGUUACCAAGUUGUGUGAUUUGGGGCCAAACGAUGGCGUCUGCUCUGUUCAAUGGACCCGCGAAGGGUCUUAUAUAUCGGUCGGUACUAGUCUUGGAAAAGUUCAGGUUUGGGAUGGGACACAAUGCAAAAAGGUUCGGACCAUGGGCGGACACCAAACACGAACCGGUGUGUUGGCAUGGAGCUCGCGAAUAUUAUCCUCGGGUAGCAGAGAUCGUAACAUACUGCAACAUGAUCUUCGAGUUCCAAGUGACUACAUUAGCAAGCUUGUCGGCCAUAAGUCAGAGGUUUGUGGGCUCAAAUGGUCACAUGAUGAUAGAGAACUAGCAUCUGGUGGAAAUGACAAUCAGCUUUUAGUAUGGAACCAGCACUCUGCGCAACCGCUUCUGAAACUGACUGAGCACACAGCCGCAGUGAAAGCGAUUGCAUGGUCACCUCACCAGAGCAAUCUUCUGGUCUCUGGUGGCGGUACUGCUGACCGCUGCAUUCGCUUUUGGAACACCGCCAAUGGGAACCAACUGAACCAUGUUGACACCGGGAGCCAGGUGUGUAAUCUUGCAUGGAGCAAGAAUGUGAAUGAAUUGGUUAGCACUCAUGGGUACUCACAGAAUCAAAUUAUGGUUUGGAAAUAUCCAACGUUGUCUAAGGUCGCGACUCUGACUGGACACACCAUGAGAGUACUGUAUCUAGCAAUGUCACCCGAUGGUCAGACAAUAGUGACGGGCGCUGGGGAUGAAACGUUGAGGUUUUGGAAUGUUUUCCCAUCUGUGAAAUCUCCGGCAGCUGUAAGGGACUCUGGGCUGUGGUCAUUGGGAAGAACCCAAAUCAGAUGAUGUAGAAGAAGAGUUUUGUUAAAGGAAGAAAAUGAAGAGUGAAUUUGAGUGUAAAUUGAUAUACAUAUAUAUAUAUACACAUAAUAUAACUUAAGAUGAACAUAUAUAUUGGUUGUUUUUUUACACACAGUGGUUUCCAUUGGUUUUCUUUAUGUUAAUGACUUUUGCACUUUCUCUG